GUUUGAGGUGGCACUCGUCACACUCAGAAGCUAGGUCAUUAGCAAUCACUUGGUUAAAAGUCCAAUUUAAAGACAACAAUUUCUAACAAUACGACUGUCUCCGACCUUUUCGUGUUUUAAUAGGACGGAGCGGAAAUGUCCGCGACCUCGUUUCAUUGCAUAUUUAAUGUGACUAUGACCUGAUAAAGACUCGUGCUAACGUUAGCUUGUCAGCAAUCGUGGUUGUUUACUGCCCCGCCGCUGUGGCUGCGCACCCGACGGGACUCGCGCUGCACGCUCCGUUCAUUAAAGGAGUAUAACGCGAUCACGAGAUGUUCCUGGUGGGGCUGACAGGAGGCAUAGCCUCAGGGAAAAGCGCAGUGUCUUCAAUGCUGCGGGAGCUUGGGUGCCCCAUUAUUGAUGCAGAUGUUGUGGCCAGGAGAGUUGUGGAGCCGCACACUCCUGCCUAUUCUCGCAUCGUCUACCACUUUGGGCCAGAGAUCCUACUCGAGAACGGAGAGAUCGACAGGCAGAAGCUGGGUGAACUCAUCUUCGCCAACGAGGAAAAGAGGAAGCUGCUGAACUCCAUCACCCACCCAGAGAUCCAUAAAGCAAUGCUCAAAGAGAUCCUGCUCUACUUUCUCAGAGGGUACCGCUAUGUGGUGCUGGAUGUGCCCCUUCUCUUUGAAACCAGACGUCUCACUCAGUUUCUCAACCACACUGUCGUAGUUUACUGUGACCCUGCCACUCAGCUCUUGCGCCUGAUGCAGAGGGACGGCCUGACCCAGGAGCAGGCCGAGCAGCGCGUGGCUGCACAGAUGCCGCUGAACGAAAAGCGCGGCAUGGCCAAUCACGUUAUCGAGAACUCUGGCAGCCGAGAGGACGCCCACCGGCAGGUCCUGAAAUUGCACACAAAGUUGGAGGACUCCAUGGACUUCCUCUUAGUGAGGGUCAUUGCUCUUGCUGCCACGACUGGUCUGGGUGGGAUCCUGCUGUAUGCAGCCAAGAUACUUUUGUCCUAACAGCAGAGAUGAGGUGGAGGAGAAAGUUUGGUCCGCGAUCCGGUGAGAGAUGAGUGUGUGAAUCGAAGCAGGCGAAGUCCCGUCGGGAGGUCCCGGUGCAAUUUACUGUGAGAUUAGUUUCCCAGCACCCACCACUACAGUUCAGUGGCGUGACAUGCUCUGUUUGCAGUUAACACUGACUUACACUAUUGACACAAAAUGCACUGCCAAAUGUGGUUUGGCGUGAGGAGUCUGAACGUGCAAUCUCACUUGUUUUUGCUCAGAGACAUUAAAAAUAUGAAGGUGAUACCUUUGAGUCUCGAUGCAGACUCAAAGGUCUGCAUCGAGACUCAAAGCAUUUUUUUUGUUUGCAAUUUUCCACCUUAAUUUUAAGUACAAAAUGCCAGCGCUAUUUCCAGUGACGAAUAUUUUUUUAAUUGGUUGCAAUACUCAUAGGGAAAAAAAAUCAUUAAAUGCCCAAUAUGAACGAUCCGAUGCCUACAGAAUAUGUUAUGAUUGCAUGUUAAUAACCUGUAUAAUCAAGAUUUAUGACAGCACUAUUUGACAAUCCAUUUUGAAUGGGAACAGUCAAUUUACAUAUACUAACAGACUUAAUGUAUGUAUAUAUA